GUAUGGUGGGAAAUGGCUAUAAAAGGAAGGAGCUGCCUGGUGGGGUCAUUCGACGCCAGACAGCCAAGCAGUCAGGGUACGCUAUAGUGAUAGUUGCAGUACACGUGCGAUAUACAGAAGUGUUUCACAAGAUUGCGCAAGCCAAACGCAAAGCGGACAGUUGUGUGAUAAUCUCAAGUGGUUAGUGUGACAACUUGAGCUUUGUGGGUUUAUUAUCUUUUAAUCGUGAACAAUCGAUAAUCGUCCCCGAGUGUAUAUCAUUAUCUCGAACGAUAAAGAAAGGAUAACUAUAAAGAGUAUCCGAGGAGAGUUUGGACAUUGAAAAGAGAUAUUUUCAAAAAUUCGUCCCACGUUCAGUGAAGUGUGUCGAGGUGUUAAAAAUCAAUUACCGAGAAAAAGGGAAAUCAACAAUAAUAUGAUUUGCGAAGGAUUUCAAGCCGUACCUCCUCCAGCAGCUAUGGAUAGCGGUAAAUUGCCGUGGCAUUUACAAAAAGAACUGAGAUGUCAAUGGGGUAACCAAAUCACUUGCGGCAUGCUGCCAACGUUGCGAGUAUUGGCAUCGAAGGGUUGCAACAGUCAAGGCUUCUGUCUGGUGCCACUCAACCCUGAAAUGGAUUCUGCAAGUCAUCUACAGAUGACCUUACUGGAAGCAUAUUGCAGGGAGGUUGGAAUUGAAGUAGUAAGAGUGACAGAAGACGCCCUGAGAACCGCCGUUGGAAAAGAAGAGCAAGACCUGUCAUGUGUCUUGGUCACGACUGACGACAACUCCUAUUUCUUAGAGACUCCUGAGUGAUUUAUUCGCCAUAUUCGAUCUUGAAAAGAAAAUUGGAAAUUCUGAAUCAUACGCCGGACUACGGCGAAACUUAUUCAAUUCGAAGUGGACGACGAAUCUGAUUUUAAGGACCCUGCGCUAAAAUCUCGUUAUUUUAUAAAAUAAAAAAAAACCGUAUUAUGCUAACGGUACUGGAGAUUGGGGUUAGACUCAGGUUCACGUCAUGGAGAUCAGAGGCUGUGGAUCAUUGUUGUAUGAUGCAGCCUCUAUGAAGAUUUGUCUUGAGAUAGGAGGGAUUUAAAGUUUUUUGAUAUAUACUUGUUGGAAGGACAGUGGACCAUGGCCAUGCAAUGUUGAAGUCAUUUGGAAAUACGAUGACAAUCUUGCAUCUAUAAUCUGUAGCGUUAUGAGAGAUGGAAAAAUAUUUUAUUAGAAUGUUUCUUUGUUUGUCUCGAUGGAAAUGUAGUUUAUUGUAAUGCUGUAUAUGCUGAGAACAGCAUGAAGGCAAUUGAUAUGGGAGCAAAAUAAAUUAUUACCAUUACU